UUAUGAUCGUUGACUUAUGCGCAAAUAUGGCGGACGAAGCGUGUUGAACGAGUUCAACAGUAUCUUGACGACUUCUAGUUUACUGCAAAAUCAAUUAACGGCCACAUUGCUUCACAUCAUUCUAGCUGAUGACAAGGAUUAUAAGUCUAUUCAAGAAAGGAUAAUCAUACCAAGAAUUUACUAGACACUUGUCAAACAAAGAUUCUUGCACCAUUCACUUUCUUGUCAACUCGAAAUGGAGAACCUCACCCCGGAGCAAGUCCGAGAGCAAGAAGUAAAACAGUUUCAGAACUUUCUGUCCUAUUACAAUCGCUUAACGGAAAUGUGCUUCACUGACUGCAUACACGAUUUUACCAACAGAAGAAUAGCAGCCAAUGAGAAUAACUGUGCAAUGCACUGUACAGAGAAGUUCCUGAAGGUUAUGCAGCGCAUUGGUGUGCGCCUGCAGGAGGUGCAAAUGAUGCAGAAUGAAGGCAUAAUGGCCGCCCAGCCGCAGUAACCACCCAUGGCAGGCAUAGAGUCCAUAGAUCAAACUUACAUGACAAUUUUUUUAAAUACUUUCCUUGUAUGAUUUAAGCUUUUCAAAAUAGAAUUGGGGUGUUUAAGGUGUAGAAUGGAUAGAAAUUGACUGUGACUCAUGCAGAUUUGAUUCAGUGGGUUUCAUAGCCUAUGAAACCAAGUAUGUAUCAAGCAAGCAAGUCAGAUCAACAGAAUUUUAGCCGAGUGUAUGCAACAUAACUUGACUUAUUGUCCUUUUUUUAGUUAACUAUACAUUUCACGGGCAGGGAAUUGUUGAUGACAACACUGACUUGACUACUGUAGAUCAACAAAUUAUUUAUAACCUACGGUAUAUAAUAUGUACAAUCCUAAGUGACAGACAAUGUGCGCAAAAAUAUUUUUUUAUUGAUGGUUACAUUUCCCAUUUUGUGUAAUAUGCUCUCUGUUAUAAAAAAUCAUUAUUAUUUAAAAACAAUCUGGCAUAUUAAUGCAUUUACAAGGCCUUACUUCAACUGAGUGAUUUUGAAUUGAAAAUGCUAUUUGGGUGUAACUUGGAGUAGAAAUAAAGUAGAAAAAUAACAAAAUAAGAUCACUCAGUCUUUUUGACAGUAGAGUGGUUUUACAAAACCCAUGAAAUACUAUUUAGUUUAGUUUAUUUAGUGCUAAAUAUACACUUUGUCUUGGUUGUA